AUGACACCCUGGCUCACGCUGCCAUCCUGUGCAAGCUUGAGGCUCACAUCCUAUGAAUCAUGUCACCUCUACGAUGCUAGCAUGAUUGGCGUGUUGCUCCCCCAUUGCCACUCGUACUGCCUCCCCGCCAACCUCUCCUCUCCUCCCUUCCCUCGCAACACUUUCAGACUCCGCACCGCCGCUGCUGAGUCAUUUCGUGAGCCGUGGAAGCACGACUAA